UUAAAUUCACGUACAUCGGCAGUUGACCUGCCAGUUCCUGAACAGCGAGCAAACUUCCACAUCGUCUUGUAGACCAUUUUCGUGCGGGGCACGUUAUCUUAGCCAGAAGAAAUUGGUAGUUUUUCAAAUAGAAGAUAGUUAGAAUCUUCAAAAUAAGGCGAUCGCCGCGUAAAAAAAUGUCAUUCAUGCUGGGGCAGCCGGAGGCGGCCAUGUGUGCGGCGGGCGGGUCGGUGUCGGGCGCGGUGACGGCGGCGCUGCAGUUCUUCGCGCUCGCGCAGUGCCUCGUGCAGGAGCCCUGGCCCAAGGCGGCGCAUCCCACAAAUGACACAACGUUCGAUUACAUAGUAGUGGGAGCCGGUACCGCGGGCUCGGUGCUGUCGUCGCGAUUGGCCGACCUGGACGGCGUGUCGGUGCUGCUGAUCGAGGCGGGCGGCGACCCGCCGCAGGAGAGCAUCAUCCCCGGUUAUCAUGACGUGUUAAAAGGGACCAAAUAUGAUUGGAAUUUCACAACCGUUAACGACAAGGUCUCAAGUCAAGCUCUAAAAGGAGGAAGCCAGAAGCAGCCGCGCGGCAAGAUGCUGGGCGGCAGCGGCUCCCUCAGCGACAUGGUCUACAGCCGCGGCCAUCCCGAGGACUACGACGACUGGGCCGCCGUGGCGGGCGAGCAGUGGAACUGGAAAAACGUACUGGAAUAUUUCAAGAAGACGGAACACAUGACCGACGAACAGAUCGUCAACAAUCCUGAGCUCAUGGCCUACCACGGGAUCGACGGCGAAAUAGAAGUCACCGGCACCAACCGCUCGACGUUCGCAACGCAAAUAUUCUUAGAUGCGUUCGCUGAAUUGGGCUUUGAGAAGGUGAAGGACAUGACCAAUCCCCAGAAAAUGGGCACUGGACGAUUUUCGCACACCAUCAGAAAAGGUCAACGCGACAGCGCCGCGACGGCUCUCCUGAACAAAGCUGGAUAUAGCACCAAACUGUCUAUUCUCAAGGAUUCACUCGUGACGAAGGUGAUAAUCGACGAUAAAAAUAAAGCCGUAGGUGUCGAAGUCGUCACAGAUAACGAAAAGAAAAUCUUCAAAGCGGACAAGGAAGUCAUUUUAUCCGCGGGGACGUUCAACACUGCGAAGCUGCUCCUCCUGUCCGGAAUCGGUCCCAAGAAGCAUCUGGAGGAAAUGGGCAUUCCCGUCAUAAAAGAUUUGCCCGUGGGACAUAACUUCCACGAUCACGUUAUGGUCGUCGCGUUUCUGGCCAGCGAAAAGGGGACGUGCACCGAGGAGCAGAAAGACACGUACAUGCACACGAUCGAGUAUCUGCACAGCCGCACCGGCCCGCUCGCCGACACCGACUCGAUGGGCGCCUACAUCGCACUAGAGAGAGAAUCUCAUCCCACCGUCCCGGAUUUCGCCAUGUACCCCACCUGCGUGCCGGUCAACGCCGGUUUUUACAAAGGAUGCCAGGUCUCGCUCGGGUACGAGGACAGGAUCUGCCGGGAGCUCGACAUCCUGAACCAGAACUACGAGCUGAUCCCCGUCGCCGUCGUUCUUCUGAAGCCGAAGUCCAGGGGCAAGGUGACGCUGAGCUCGAAGAACCCCUUCGACGCGCCGCUGAUAUACGCGGGCACGUUCAGCGACGAGGAGGACCUGGCCGGCUUCCCGAAGGCGCUGUCGCUGGCGUACAGCCUGGCCAACGCGACGUACUUCCGCGGCAAGCGGGCCUUCGCGGUGGAUCUGAAGCUGGAGGCGUGCGAGGAGCUGAGGGGCGCGGAGGGGUUGAAGUGCCACGCGCGGCAGCUGGCCACGCCGGCGUGGCACGCGGUGGGCACGAGCGCGCUGGGCGCGGUGCUGGACGGCGCGCUGCGCGUGCGCGGCGUGCGCGGGCUGCGCGUGGCGGACGCCGGCGUUAUGCCCGCGGUGGUGCGCGGCAACACCAACGCCGCCGUCGUCAUGGUCGCCGAGCGCGCCGCCGACUUCAUCCAGCGCGAGCUGCGCGCCGCGCCCGGCUACGAGUAUUACGACGUGGAGUAGCGCCCGACGGUCCGGAAGCUUCCUCGCCGGGACCAGAGUGAAUACAAAUGAGUAGGUCAUCUUUAUAGAAACGCACCGAGCGCGGUUUGUAUGUGAGCGCACCAAUAUACGUAUGCGGCUCGCACGCACACACUGACAAAAUUUAGCAGUGAUUAGCGGUGAGGUGCGCCGAAUACAUAGAAACCGCGCUCGUGCGUUCCUAUGAAGAUGACCUACUCAUUUGUAUUUACUCUGCCGGGACCGAUACUGGAGUCGUACAGCGAUCCGAGCAAACGUUUUCGAGUUCGAUCACCUGUACGCUCCAGAUAGCGGUCCACAAGUUUGAGAUUUAAGACUGAUUGUAAGUUAAUUUUAAACGUAAGAUGUACUCUAAUAAUGCAUGCUUCAGUCAGUAUUCGUCAAUUGUUUUAUUGUAAACUGUAUUAUUAAUAAUUGACUUGGGCUGAUUAUAAUUAUUAUAAUAAUUCGUAUGUGAUGUGCCAAUAAUUUACUUAGUUUUUACCGUUGCCUCAUUAAUACUCUUGCUAUAAUUUUUUACCUAUGAAGUUAUUUUAA